CGAGAAUACGCACUUAGUAAGGGGCCAGCUGCAGUGCCGGAUAAGUGUCUGGAAUUUCAGUGGUCAGCCAGUCCGCCCCUGACAUACCUAGUGGCAACCCCCGAUUACCUGCGACAAUGGCCUCACCACUGGGCCAUUAUCGACCUCAGGGCCGUCGGCAAUCGGACUUUAUCAAGUUAGCGGCUCCAACAGCGACGUGAAUACAGGGUUGCUGGCGGGAGUGGGUGCCUACAUCGUCUUCCGUUAAGAUGUUAUAACCACACGUCGCAUUUCAUUGUGUAUCUACGCAAGUCCUUCGCGGCUCUCCCUUUUUUAAUUUCUCCUUGAGCCGCAGGCCAAUCUCAACAACCUGACGAUCGGCGGACACCAAGUAUUAUGGAUUCUGACAGCAAAUCACGCGGCCACAGCAGCGCGGCGGUCGCCGACGUCAACAACACACUCCCGGUUGACCAGCACAAUGUCGCGAUCAACGCAUCAGGUCAUGUACAAGCGCUCGAGCGGAAUUUCAGUCUCCUCUCCCUGGCUGGCGUCGGCCUCGUCGUUGGCAACGUUUGGCCGGCGGUGGGCGGCUCCAUCCUCGUCGCCAUCUUCAACGGCGGGCCCCCGGGUGUGCUCUACGAGUUCGUCGCUGUGUCCGUCUGCUACUGGACCGUCGCCGCCAGCAUUGCGGAGCUAGCGAGCGCCAUUCCUUCGUCCGCGGGCGUGUACCAUUUUGCGUCCGUCACGCCUGGUCGCCGAUGGGGACGCGUGAUUGGUUUCUUCGCCGGAUGGUGGAAUUAUCUGGCUUGGAUCCUCGGCGCAGCCAGCAUGGCAUCGAUUUUUGGUAACACAGCCGUGCAGAUGUACGCGCUCAAUCACGCGGGGUUUGAGGCGAAGCCCUGGCACGUCUUCAUCGUCUACAUCAUCGCCACGUGGCUCGCCUGCGCCAUGGUGUGUCUGGCCAACGGCGCUAUGCCUCGGAUCAAUGAUAUUGGAGUCUUUGCGAUCUUGGCCGGCUUUCUUAUCACCGUCAUCGUUGUCGCUGUCAUGCCUGGCCACGACGGACGGCCGCCUCAUGCCUCCUCCUCCUUUGUCUGGACCGAAUGGACCGCCGACAUCGGAUACCCCAACGGGUUCGUCUUCGUUGCCGGCAUGCUUAACGGAGCUUUCAGCGUCGGUGCUGUUGAUGCGACAACUCACUUGGCAGAGGAGAUCCCGAACCCUCAGCGCAACGUUCCCAUCGCCCUGGGGUUGCAAAUGAGCAUCGGGUUCAUCACCGGCUUUUGCUAUCUGGUCGCUGUCAUGUACGCCAUCAACGACUAUGACGCCCUCUUCGAGUCUCCGUAUCCCAUUGCCGAAAUUUACCGCCAGGCCACCGGAUCUGCUGCCGGCGCGACUGGUCUGCUCGCCUUGGUACUCAUCUGCAUUGGUUUGACACUGAUGGGACUGUACAUCACUUGUGGCCGUACACUUUGGGCGCUCGCUCGUGACGGGGCGAGCCCUAGACCCAGCGUUCUUGGGAGAGUGAAUUCCAGACUGGGAAUGCCAGUGUGGUCUACCAUUUUUUCAGCUGUGCUAGUAACAAUCCUAGGGGCAAUUUAUGUUGGCAGCACUACUGCUUUCAACGCCUUUGUUGGAAGUUUCAUCCUUCUUUCCAGCAGCUCCUAUCUUGCUGCUAUUUUGCCCAACCUCCUAGCAGGAAGGACUCGGGUCGCUUACGGGCCAUUUCGUAUGCGUGGAUGGACUGGCUUUGCCGUCAAUGGCUUUGCCUGUGCAUACAUGUUGGUUUGGUUUGUCAUCUACUCUUUCCCUUUCGCGCUCCCUACAAAUUCCCAGUCCAUGAACUAUGCAUGUCUGAUCUGGGGAGGUUUCACGACCUUGGUUGCCUUGUGGUGGCUGAUGGGGGCCAGAAAGGGGUACGAAGGCCCAACGACAACGGGGGGCAUCGUGACAGAAACGGAAGUCGGCGCAGGAUCUCACCAUCUUGCAAAAUGAUGUACAUAUCUGUAUGGUUUCCCAAUAUCAUCACUACCGGUUAUCCGCUUCAAAAUAUUAACGCAAUCAAUCAAUUUUGGCACAAUGACUUCAGAGUGCUGCCAUCUGUUAUGCCGAUCAGGUCUUACAUAGUCUUGCUUAUCCACCAGUCUCUUUUUCUUAAACUGGGAACCGUGUUGAUCUUUUUUGUCUUGUUUUUGAUGCUUAAUUGAACCAAAGCU